GGGGCGCCGCGCACUGCCGGGGCGGGGCCGCCCGCCCUCAGCCGCAGCUCCCAACAUGGCGGCGGCCGGCGCGGCGCGGGCGGUUGGACGCCGCUCCAGGGCGAUCUUCGACAUCUUCGUGGCCGAGGUUCCCUGGACGGUAUCGAGCAAGGAGCUGAAGGAGUACUUCUCCCAGUUCGGGUCCGUGCAGAGGUGCCAGCUGCCGUUUAACAAAGACACCGGCUUUCACAAACGGUACUGCUGGAUUAAAUUCUCCAGUCCAGAAGACGCUCAGAAUGUGUUUCAGAAGGACUCCCACAUACUUGAAGGUGCCAAGCUCUCUCUUAAACAACACCACCCGAGAAGACGCAGUCAAAGAAGGAAGCAAAGUGAGUGAUGGGAGGAGGCUUUAUUUGACUACAUGGAAAUAAACUAAAAUAAAGAUUACUGACAAACUA